AUGUCCACGCUGCUUGGCACGUUCCUCAUCUUUCACCUCUGGAAGUUCGACAGGUUCAGAUGCCUGAAGUGGAACAACGGCCCUUACUCUGGGGCUUUCAAGCGGGUCAUGACAUACACGUAUCUCUUGACUAUACCGCUAUUUAUGGCAUAUUCAAUUGGGUACACCGUGAUCAAGUACAAAAUGAGCUAUACCUUCAUUGCUGGAGAAGGGAUCGUCCCGACGCCUUACGAACUAUGGCCGGCCAAGUAUCAACGCUCCAUUUUUCCACUACAAAUGCUGUUUUCAAUAGCGUGGAGUCUUGAAAUGAUCACACACCUCGAAGAAUUAUUGUUCUGGUUGUUCCUCAUCAAUGCAAACUCAGCACAGCAGGACUGGUUCCGUAGCUUGUAUUUUAAAGCAUGGAUUGUCGGAUCUGUCAUUGCUGCUGUCUACAUGCCUCUGGUGACGAUAUUCACACGUGCUGACCCUUUGAAAAGCGAGGCGUAUACUUUCUUGGCAGGAAGUUUGGGCGACCUGUCGUUGACGUUGUGGUUCAUGCCCGUCCUCUGGACGUUCCCCAAAUUCCUGGCCCACCUGAAGAGCGAAGGAGUAGAUGCCAAUACAGUCGUGCGACUCACCGCAUUUAACGAGUUGAACAACAUUCGAGUAGUUUUCCGGGUGCUUUUCGUGGUUCCGUUGUUGGUUUUGGGUGUCGAUGGAAUUCUGACGCAUCACCACGUCAAUACGAGCGAGUUCUGGACCGAAUGUCUGUCUUUCUUGGCUGCCAUCGGUUGCACAAUCUCCUCAGGAAUCACCCUUGUGAUCUUCUUCCCUCGAUCCGUACAGAACGAGCUUCGGGCGAAGGAGGCGUCGCGUGUGAAGUCGAAAUUGCGCAGCCUCCGCUCAACACCGUUCUCCGAUCGCGACUCCUUCCCCCCCGUGUCGCCCGCCGUGCCGCAGUACACCCCGUACGCGGAGAACGUCGCCUACGAGCUAGACGACAAGCCCACAAAGGCCAUGAUGCUCGACACGCCUGUCACGCGGAAGCUCACAUUCUCCCCGAACCGCCGCCUCGACUCGGGCGUGACGGUGGAGGGUGCGGUGGCAGUGACCACGCUCACGGAACGCAACCUUGCACGACAUAAUCAGUCGGUGAACGUGCACCCGUUCGUACACAAUUUCACUUCACCCAUCGAUCUGAUGCACGGCGACAGCUACCAGGGAAUCGCGAGAUACGCGAGUCAGCGGGCAUAUGCUAAUGUGUGA